UAUAUAUAUACUCAUGAACAUAUGAACAUUCAAACUUUACAUUCGCAUAAGAGAGAGAGAAGAAAGAGAGAGAGAGAGGCGAAGAGCAGCGGAGCGGAGAGAUGGCCCGUACUAAGCAAACUGCCCGUAAAUCCACUGGAGGAAAAGCCCCAAGGAAGCAACUUGCUACCAAGGCUGCCCGUAAGUCUGCCCCAACCACUGGUGGAGUUAAGAAGCCUCACCGUUAUCGCCCUGGUACUGUUGCUCUCCGUGAAAUCCGCAAGUAUCAGAAGAGUACUGAGCUAUUGAUCAGGAAGCUUCCGUUCCAAAGGCUUGUUCGUGAAAUUGCGCAGGACUUCAAGACUGAUUUGCGUUUCCAGAGCCACGCAGUGUUGGCGCUUCAGGAGGCAGCAGAGGCUUAUCUGGUGGGACUGUUUGAGGACACCAACCUGUGCGCGAUCCAUGCCAAGCGUGUUACCAUCAUGCCCAAAGACAUUCAGCUCGCUCGUAGGAUCAGGGGUGAGCGUGCCUAAUUAAUUAAGUACAACAACCUACCUACGUACCUAUAUAUAUAUAUAUGUUGAAUCAAAAUCCUUUUUUGUUGGUGUUUUUAGUGGGUACUUGAUCGAUCAUCUCUAUCUAUCUGUGUUCUCUUGUUUUGUUGGUCCUAGGUUCUCCUGAAUUUAUGAAAAUAACUUGAAACUUGUAGUAGUAUUAAUCAAUCAUAUAUAUUUUGGGGUAUUAUUUGUGA